UGAGCUAUUUGAGUUUAAAUAAGCUCUUACUGAGUAAAUUCUGCAAGUCCAUAGCUUGGUUGAGGGGCCAAAGUCUCCUGAAGAAAUGCUCGCAAUAUUGAACAGAGUGGUUGAAGAAAGUGCUUCUGUUCUUGUUGCAGCAAGGCUUGAUGCAGAAGAAAGGAGAAACAACAUUCGUUUAAGGGAGGAGCAAGAUGCUGCUUAUAGAGCAGCACUUGAAGCUGAUCAAGCAAGGGAAAACCAGAGGAGGGAAGAGCAAGAACGUCUGGAAAGAGAGGCAGCUGAAGCUGAGAGGAAGCGCUUGGAAGAAGAAGAGGCUCGUGAAAGAGCAGCACGUGAAGCUGCGGAGAAAGAGGCUGCACUAGCUAGGAUGCGGCAGGAGAAAGCCUUGUCGCUUGGUGCCGAACCUGAAAAAGGACCUAGUGUUACACAAGUUGUGGUGAGGUUCCCAACUGGAGAACGGAAGGAAAGGAGGUUCGACAGUAGUGCAAAAAUCCAAACUCUCUAUGAUUAUGUUGAUUCUUUGGGUUGCUUAGAUGUGGAGAAUUACAGUCUGGUUUCUAACUUCCCUCGAGUGGUAUAUGGACCGGAGAAGCUGUUGUUGUCCUUGAAAGAAGCCGGGUUGCAUCCUCAGGCCAGCCUUUUUCUGGAGCUGAGUUCUUAGAGAAGUUUAAUGCAGAGAGUGUCAUUAAAAAUGUUGUAGGGUUACUCCGUUUUGCAUCUCUAUAUACUAGCAACUAUGUCCAUUUUAUUAGAACCAACAAUGAUAUGAUGAGGUAAGAUAGAUGAUGUGAUACCAUUCUCUCUCUCUUUCUCUUCACUUCUCUUGCCUUGUCUUGUCUUGUCUUGGUGGAUGUGUAGUUUGUCUUGAUUGCAUAUUCUUUCAAACAAGGCGGCCAUAAAAUGGAAGCUGGGGUUGAAAUAAUGAUACUACUGACUAUAUGUUAUAUAUAGACUUGAAAAUCUAAA